AUGGUACUGGUGUGCGCAGGCUGUGCAGGAGCACCUUUCGAGAAAUUUGAAGGCUGCAAUGUGGAACUGUCACCUGCGUGGCACACACCCGUGGCGCGGCGGUUCGCUGUGUGUGAGUCCGAACGCACAGGGGCGUCCUCCCUGAAAAGCAAGGCUUUAGCGAAAACAGGCGCCGUCGCGGCAGGCUGCGGAGGUUGGCUCAAACAUACCGACCGAGGACGCGUUUUUCUGUCGCAGCGAGACCAGAGAGUUGUGGUGAUCGAAGGGAACCCCGCUGCAUUCUGUGUCGCCACAUACGAAGGUCCGCCGGCAGAGAAAGCUAGACAGGCAACGGGGCGUUUCUGUUUGAACGCUGUUCUCGAGGCCUCUCCAUCGGGUCAGCGCGACGGCCAAGCUCUUUACCUCGUCUUCGAUCUCCGACAAGCAGGAGACGUGACUGGGGCGUGCGACUUCUGCGCCCUUCACUUGAACUGCUCAACUAGGGAAUAUCGCGUCGAGAGCUACGGAGCGGGCGGAAAUUUGCGCGUUCUCCAGACGGUUUCGGGCGUAACGGCGCUUCAGCCGCACCAUCCCUUCUCAGUCCGGCUCCUGUACCACGCCGACGUGAUCAGAGUCGACAUCAACGAGACCCAAGUGACGACGAACCUUCAUGUUGGACGCUGGCCGUCGUUGCCUCUGGGAAACAGCGCUUACACUCGCGGCGUUGGUGUCGGUGUGUACGGGAGAACCCGAGCGCUCAUCUCAAAGUUUUGGAUCUCUUCAGAGUGCCCAGCCUUGAGGGUUCCGGAGCACCUCCUUGGCUGCUCAUUGGAUAGUCUGACCACCAGGCCUAUCAUUUGCGAUGAGUGUCUCGAUCCCCCAGUUCCUUACGCAAAGCUGGAGGAGCAGGAGAUCCCACAGAGCGAUUCUGACCUCGUGGCGAUGAUUGAGCAAGACAUUCUUCGGGAGUCCCUUCACGUGCCAUUCGACGACGUCGCUGGCCUGACCCAUGCGAAGAGGCUUCUCAAGGAAGCUGUCGUUCUCCCGUCUCUUUUCCCCGAGCUUUUCCAAGGUGUUCGGCAGCCGUGGAAAGGCUUUCUGCUCUUCGGACCUCCUGGCACAGGGAAAACGCUUCUGGCUAAAGCCGUGGCCUCUGCGACACAGUGGACAUUUUUCACGUGUUCGCUGGCGACCUUGACCUCAAAGUGGCGCGGGGAAUCCGAGAAACUCGUCCGUGUCCUCUUCCAGAUGGCCCGCACCAGAGCUCCCUCCAUUCUCUUUUUCGACGAAAUUGACGCUUUGUUAACGAAGCGGGGGACCGCGUCCGAGCACGAAGCCUCGCGGCGCACAAAGAGCGAGUUGCUUAUCCAGUUGGACGGUCUGGCAACAGGCGGUCGGCACACCAAGCACAGAGGACCGGAAGAAGACGCCGGCGCCGGCGGAGUCUUCUCCAACCAUGUAAUGGUCCUCGCCACAUCAAACACGCCGUGGGAUAUUGACGAAGCGUUUCGGCGCCGUUUAGAAAAGCGGAUCUACAUUCCGCUGCCAGGCGUCCAAGCAAGGGAGGAUAUGCUGCGAAUUCAUCUCGACGGCAUUCCGCUAGCAGAUGGCAUUGAUUUGAAGGCGAUCGCCAACCGGACUGAACAGUUUUCUGGAGCGGAUUUGCAGCACCUCUGCCGUGAGGCCUGCAUGAAUCCUCUGCGUCGCGUCUUCGAUGAUCUUGCUCUGGACGAAAUUAAAGCGAAACGCGCGGCAGGCGCAUUCGUCGAGGAGGAAACGCGGGUUACUAUGGCAGACUUCGACCAGGCCCUCGAAAAAGCAAACCCGUCAACGCAUGCCGCAGAGAUCGCGAAAUUUGAGAGGUGGAACGCCGAGUUUGGCAGCCGAUGA